AAACCAAAAGAAAAUAUAGCCCAAACGUGUAUUUUUCAGUCUCCUCUUCUUGCAAGAAUCAACAUAAACCGAAGCCAUUUUUGAAAAAAAAAAUUAAAAAAAUUCCUGUUUUAUUCAUUUUGAGGCUUUAUAAUUUGAGGGGUCUUCUUGUUUUCUCUUAAAGAUUGAACAUUUACAACUUUUACUUUAUUUUUUUCUUGUAAUAUGAUAGUGAGAUGGUGGCUAACAGCAGUUCAAUUAACAGAGUUGUUUGUGAGUUCUUUGGUUCAUUUGAGUUAUGGCCUUUACUUAUUUAGCACAGCCAUAGCUGGUGAUAUUUCUAAGAAUCUGAGUGACUGGAUUUUCAAGCAAAAUUUGGAAGCAGAGGAGAAAAAAGAUACUAACAGUUCAAAAAAAGAUUUGCCUCCUAUUGUGUUGGUUCAUGGAGUCUUUGGUUUUGGCAAAGGGAGAUUGGGAGGACUUUCUUAUUUUGCUGGUGCAGAGAAAAAGGAUGAAAAGGUUCUUGUGCCAGAUUUGGGUUCGCUUACUAGCAUAUACGACAGGGCGCGUGAAUUAUUCUAUUAUCUGAAAGGAGGGCAGGUUGAUUAUGGGGAGGAGCACAGUAAGGCUUGUGGGCAUUCCCAAUUUGGGCGAGUUUAUGAACAAGGGCACUACCCUGAGUGGGAUGAAGAUCACCCUAUUCAUUUAGUGGGGCAUUCAGCCGGAGCACAGGUCGUUCGAGUUUUACAACAGAUGCUGGCUGACAAGGCAUUCAAGGGUUACGAGAACACUUCAGAGAACUGGGUCUUAAGCAUAACAUCAUUAUCCGGAGCACUUAACGGGACUACUAGAACAUACAUAGAUGGAAUGCAACCGGAAGAUGGAAAGUCGUUAAUGCCCGUAUGUUUGCUCCAACUUUGCCGUGUUGGAGUAAUAAUGUACGAGUGGCUCGACUUUCACUGGCUGAAGGACUAUUACAACUUUGGGUUUGAUCACUUUAAUAUGACCUGGAGAAAAAUUGGUAUCCGGGGUCUUCUUGAUUGUCUGUUAGGGAAUGCUGGUCCAUUUGCUUCAGGGGAUUGGAUACUUCCGGAUCUUACCAUCCAGGGGUCGAUCAAGUUGAACAGCCACUUACGUACAUUUCCACAAACAUACUACUUCAGCUAUGCUACCAAACGUACCACGAAAGUGAUGGGACUUACAGUUCCUUCUGGCAUUCUAGGGAUACAUCCUUUGCUAUUCAUUAGAGUCCUGCAAAUGAGCCAAUGGCGGCAUCCUCAAGAUGUUUCUCCUCCGUAUAAGGGCUAUAGGGAUGAAGAUUGGUGGGACAAUGAUGGUGCUCUCAACACCAUAUCCAUGACACACCCUCGUUUGCCGGUUGAACACCCGAGUCGUGUUGUUGUUAAAGAUUCUGAUUGCCAGCCCUUGCAACCUGGCAUCUGGUACUACAAAAUCGUGGAAGGCGACCACAUUGUCUUCAUUGUGAAUCGGGAAAGAGCCAGAGUUCAAUUUGAUUUGAUCUACGACAGCAUAUUCGAGCGCUGCAGGAAGCAUGUCUUAAGAAAGAUUCCAGCACAGCCACACCAAGUACCUCCUCAUGAAUAGUUAGCAUGAUAUUCUCUCAUUUUUUUAUAGAAUACUGCAUUACACAUUCUUGUAUUCUUUACACACUUGACAAAAAUCUGUUUCGCAAUUGAAAUGGAUUUUGAGGUCAAUGUCUUUCUUCUUCUAUAUGUAAUUGUAGCACUUCCACUAGCUUAUAGGUUUUCCAUGGGGCAAUGUGAAUUUAGUAAGAUGUAAGUGGAUACUCAGUCCAUUGUAAAUAGAUAAAUAUAGAAUUCGAAGAAAACCGAAAACCUUCCCAUUUCACUAUGAACUCAAUGUUUCUGCGUUGAUUCAUUUUGAUCUCAAUCCAGUAUUAGUUACUCAA